UUCCAAUAUCUCAAACAAUAAAAAACAUCUUUCAAAAACAUAUCUAUAGUUUAUGGUUUGGCCGUCACUUACGCUGUAGUCUGCCUUUCUUUUGUGAGCGAUAUUUGUCAGGAAGUGCCGCUGGCGAUGUCUCUCCACAAAAGCUGUUGAAGUUUUCUCAAAAUCUUUUCAAAACGCAAUCUAGAUAUAUGAGUAGGGUCAUUGUAAUUCAACAAGAUAGACGCCGAUUUUUUGCGGAAAUUAAUGGAGUAACUGCGACCUUAAGCUACAGAGUAAACAAUGGAGUCAUGACAAUCUUGCAUACGGUUGUUCCGGAAGAGCUUAGUGGACGCGGGAUCGGAAGGAUUCUAGCUAAGGCGGCACUGGAUUUUGCACUGAGCAAUAAUCUGUUCCUAAUAAUCAAGUGUACAUUCGUUGAGAACUAUAUUUUCAAAUACGAACCACACUACGCGAAAUAUAUGUUACGUUAAUCGUCUCAAUUUAAAUUGAGCCACCAAACGUUGACGCCAUGAA